CCUCAUCCCACUUCCUGCUCUUUCACGUCCGGGUUUUCUCUGAAUCUUGCUGGAUUGGAUUCGGGUUGAGAUUAUUCUUUUUCUUUUUGGUGGGGUAUUCUUUAUCGGAUCCAGAUCGUCGGCAAAUAGAAACAAGCGCUGACUGGCACAGCCGCAGCGCCUAAUCGAUGUUGUUAUGAACAUGCUCUCUCAGACCCGAUUGCAACAGCUAUAGCAACUGAGGGACUUCGAAACGGAGCCAGGCCGUUUCCUCGUGCAACGACAGACUCAACGUCUCCGAGAUAACCUCCCUCAUCGAUCUUAAAAUUAUAUUUAUUUCACUCUCGCCUUUUCUUUAGUCGCUACUUCCACCACAUCAUGGAUGGACCUCCGCCUCCGCCUCCGCCCCACGGCGAAAAGCCGAACACCACUCAAGGCGAAUAUCGGAAGUCGUCAGACCUACCGCCGGGAAACUACGAUAUCUUUAUUAUCCCACCGCAUUCCUCGGGCUCCGGAUUCUUAUACCUCCCUUCCCUACAAUGUCAUCGGAACAGCUUUAUCGCUGGAUCGGUAUGCACACUGUUCGUGGUUCUAUUGUGGGUGACACUGGCACCGCUCGUGAAGACGUGGUACGUCGCCACGAUUGCGAGUGGAAGCGGGUCAGGAAUGGCUGUCCUAGCCAUCGGAGUCGGCAUUGCUGGGUGGGCAUUUGGUGUGUCACAAUCUGACUCCGGCUCUGGUGGCUCUCAACAAGGCGGUGGCCGUCCGGGACCUGGAGGUUUCGGGUCUGGUGGAUUUGGAUCUGGGGGUGCCGGCGCCGGCGCCGGAGCAGGCUCUCAUCAUCAAUCUUCAGGGGCCGGUGGAAAUUACUCGCGAGGUGCAAACUUCAAUAGCCAGUCCGGAGGGCAACAGGGUAACUUCGGCGGGAACUAUGGUGGUCCUCCUCCUGGCAACCAGUAUGCCGGUAACCAGUACGGCGCUGGUGCUCCGCCGCCUCAACCCCAGUCGCCUCCCCCAAAGGCUGAUCCCCCGCCGAGUGAGAGCGGUUCGACUUCGAACAAGAAGGAAAGCAAGCCUCAAAGUGGAGAGGAUUGGGAGAAGGCCCGGGAAGAAACGAGACGAAAGGAAGAACUUCGGCGCAAGAUGGAGGAGUUCAAACGAAAACGUGAAGCUGAAGCCCGCGAGAAGCAGAAGCAGCGGGAGCGAGAGACAAUGGAGCGAGAACUCCGUGAGCGGCGAGAGCAACUCGAAAAGGAGAUGGCUGCCGCUAAGGAAAAAGCUGAGAAGGAAGCCCGCGAGAAGGCCGAGAGGGAAGCGGCGGAGGCUCGCGCAAAGAUCGAAAAAGAAGCCGCAGAGGCGCGGGCAAAGGCUGCGAAAGAAGCCGCAGAGGCCAAGGCAAAAUCGGAAAGAGAAGCCGCCGAAGCCAAAGAGAAGGCCGAGCGCGAAGCUCGGGAGGCGAAAGAGAGGAAGGAAAGAGUCGCCGCGGUCCUCAAGGCAAAGGCUGAGCGCGAAGCUGCCGAGGCGAAGGCCAAAGCAGAGAAGGAAGCCGCCGAAAAGGAGGCCGCUGCCAAAGCUGCUGCCAAAAAGGAAGCUGAUGCCAAGUUUGCGGCUCUCAAAGAGGCCGCCGCGAAGAAAUACGCCGAGAAGAAGGCCAAAGAUGCCCAGGAGGCAGCAGCCAAGGAAGCCGCAUCCGCAAAGGAAGCCGCAUCCAAAGCCUCUAGCCAGAAGUCGGCCACGGCAAGUGCACCUCCACGCACUCCGUCGCCCAAGAAACCGCCCUUUCCCACUGCGCGGACGGCCACAACGGGGGCCGAACAAGACGACGCCUACUCCUUUCGCCCCUACGACCGGCCCCGGCGCCCGUAUGGUGCUGCGUCCAAAUCCUCCGUGUAUUCCGAGUCUUCCUACGCUCCUUCUCAAUCGACCGCUCGAACCUCGCCGCCUCCAUCGAUCCGAGGCGGGUACUCGACCAAAGAUCCCGACAAGAUUGUCAUCCGUGGUGUGUAUGCCUUUAACAAUGCCUUCCCUCGCACUCCAGUGGCGCAGUUAGUGUCUGGCCAGGGAAUGGUGACGGACGGGUUGGUUCUCCGCAUCACCACCGAGGGACUGUUCAUCGACGACGACGUGCGAGGAGUGCCUCAACGAGAGUGGGACGUCAAGGCAUGGACCCUGAAAUUGGCCGAGGUGUGGUGCCCUCAGUACGGCGGACAGAAGAACCAACAGGCCCCCAAGCCCAGCAACCUAUUCUUCCGUCGAGGCACCGGAGAACCCACGUCGGAAGAGUCCGAUGCGUACUUGAACAGUUUGUUGAAGGUUUGCAAGAACACCUGCCGACUUGCCACCCCGGGAAGCUCGAACCGGAAUGGCAAUGUCGUUGACAGCGAGACACAGAGUCUGCACGUCCUGCGGGCCAGCAUCCGCGACCAGGAAGGCCGACGAUAUGUCUUCGUCCUGCAGGAGACUGAAGGAUGGAAGGUCGGCAUCGGCCUGCAGCGGCUGCGCAAAGGCACGCAGGUGCGCGCACUCGGGGUGACCAACAUGGCGGCUAAUGAGAGUCGCACGAUUAUUGGAGGCCUCAGCUAUGCAUGACUAUAUGGUUGUUGGAAAUACUUGAGCGUUGCAUGGACUCAUUAGCGAGGAGUUGAUUUCCAGUUUUUCGAACCUUGCACGGGUGAUUGUUAUGCUAGACAUUCAUUUGCACAGAGAUUCCCCCCUUGUUUUUUGGUUGCUUAUACAACCCACGAUCUUGACGUUUGAUGAUGAUAGUUGUUCUUGAUUUUGAUUUUUGGCAUAUAGUGUACAUAAUUUUUGCACAUACUCCAGUUUUGUACACAGGAUAGUUGAUCACGGCAAUGCCGCGAUAAGGUCAUAAUGAUGCGCUACAUACUCUAU